AUGAAGAUCCAAUGCUUUUCCUUAUUAUCGAAUUAUGCAAUUGACGAGUAUGAAUCUAGGGUGUUUGAAUCUGGUGUCUAUAAAUGGAAGCUUAUAAUCUAUCCUAACGGAGACACCGAUGAAGACUACACCUUUUCAGUUUCCUUCUCCAUUGCUGACAUUGACUACCUCCCUGCCGGAUGGGAGGUUAAUGCUAUCUUUGCCUUCUUUAUACACAAUCAAAUAAAGGACAACUACGUCUGCUUUCGAGGACCUGCUCGUCGCUUCAAUGCCGUUAUUCCUAGAUGGGGACUUUCCAAAUUAAUCUCCAAGGAGACUUUGAUGGAACCUACUAAUGGUUAUGUUGCGGACGACAAUUGUGUGUUUGGUGCUGAAGUUUUAGUCGUCAAAAGUGAACGUGUUAACGAAUUUACACGAUGGUUUACAUCUUCAUGUACGGGUUGGGGAUUUCAUGAGUUUGUAUCGAUUGCUGAUAUGACCGACGACUGUUGUUUUGUGGAGAUUGAAAUCACGUUGCAAGCUGUUGUGCUCGAAGCACCUGAAAUCUAG